AUGGCUGAACCACCCAACAACGAAAUGACCGAAGAAGAAUUCGAGGCCAAAGCCCGAGCAGAACUGGAGCUCACAGAAGUCAAGCAGUGCUUGAAGGAAGCUAACAGGACGUUCCGUGAAGCUGCCAUCAAUGCUGUCGACGCCUUCAAAGCGCACAGCGACCAUCUCGAGUCCCGAAGGACUGAAAUUAUUGAAAGACUCGGCCGUCAGUACCCUCAUAUUGCUGAUGAGCUACGGCAAGGAUACCUAAUACCGGAUAAUUCACGUGGAACCCAUGUUUCUCGUGGCAUAUUAUUCUCGUAUAAACCGCAAUGUGAGAGGGGCAGCGAAACGUUUAUUGAGACGUCCCUUUCAAGCCACUUGCUCGACAAUGCGAGUAAUUGCCAGGAAGAUAGUUCUGAAAUAAGGAAGCCAUUGCUUUCCAAGCUUUCUCCACCGCCAUUAAAGUCAGCAUCGAAUAUUCGGACCACGGAGUCUGACGACACAUUGGGUAAACCUUGCUCACGCCCCCGCCCAUCGAGGUUGCGACCCAUCAAGACUACACAGGGUACGAUCAAAACCUCCGUGCUCCGCAACAAAAACUAUUGGAUCUUCGAGUACCGAAACAUCCAUACAUCUGGAUACUACAUUCUGAGGUGUCCCUCUGACGAUUGUCCCAACCCGGUGUUUUCCAAGAACCCAUUGUGUGAAGACCGGGCGAAACGACACCUUCAGAAGUGUGGUCAUAGAAUCGGAAACGUGGACGACUUGAUUUAUCAUUAUGCACGAACAGUCGUUACAGGUAAAAAGGACAAUGGAAAGAAGCGAGAAGUUACCUCGACCUGGGUUCAAAAUCACAACCGAAAUCUACUGUCCAGAAUGGAGGAAAACCUCAAGGGAGAGAACCUUCGUGAAAUUUGA